AUGAAGUGCAUCGUUGCCGCCGUUGCCAUCGUCGCCCUGGCCGUCGCCGCCGAAGCCGGUUACCCGUACGCCGGAUACCCGUACGCCGGAUACGGUGCCACCGUCAUCCAGGCUAACGCUCCCGCCUGGCCGUACGCCGGAUAUCCGUAUGCUCAUGCUGCCGCCUACCCGGCAUACGCCCACGCUGCCUACCCGGCCGCCAUCUCCGCUUACCACGGUGCCCCGCACGCCGCCAUCUACGCUGCCCCGCACUACGGACCGGCCGCCUCGGUUGCCCACCACGCCGGAGUUGUUCCCGGAGCCACCUCGGUCACCGCCACCCGUGGUGCUGUGCACGUCGCUCCCCUCCCCGGACAUGCCAUCUCCCAGAAGCAGCUGAACCUGGCCCCGGCCCCCGGAACUCUGUAA